AUGCACAAAAGCUUCAAGCCACUCACUCGUCUUCACCUUCUUACAAAUCUGCCUGAAACAGAGACAAGAACUCACCAUGUCCCUCUGCUUCUCAUCUUCUCAAAUCUCAACCAAAGAUGCGAGCCUCCGUUUUGUGACUGUGAUGUCUUUUGGAGCAUUCUGGAGCAUAUGGGACACAAGGAGCAUGGAGGGACUUGGCACAUGGAAGCAGCUCAACUGGAUACGCAAAGGAAGAAGGGAGAAGCCAUCUUGAAGACCAGCUCGACCGGUCGAGUUCCUCAACUCGACCGGCCAAGCUUCAACUCGAUCGAGCUGGAGUCAAAGUCAAACCCGAAAAAUGUUGCUUCCCCCUUGACUUUCCUUUGA